AUGGCGUCCCGGCCGGAUCACUGGGCAACUGGUGGCCCCCCACGGUAUUCUUGCGGGACGUACCUGCUUUCCUUGGGUGCUGGGAUGACCUUUGGCUUCGGAUGUGCGUUCUUACUCCUCUGCGGAUUCUCCGUGGAGAAUCGGUCCUUCUGGCUCGUGCGACGAAUGCCGACCUCCGUGCCGGAUCGGUACUCGCAGUACGGGCACUUCGAAGACGACGACGGGACUGGGCCGGAGAAGCCCCUGAUUGGUCAUGGAGACAUGGAAGAGUUCCACGGCAAUGGCGAGGAUAUGCUGGCCAAUCAACUUAGUCGAAAGGUACGGGUGCUCUGCUGGGUGAUGACGCAGCCUAAAAACCACGCGAAGAAGGCCCGCCAUGUCAAGGCCACCUGGGGUCAGCGCUGUAACACUCUCCUCUUCAUGAGCAGUGCCCCAGAACCCAGCCUGCCAACUGUGGUGCUUCCGAUAAAGGAAUCCCGAAAUACCCUGUGGGCUAAAACGAAGGCGGCGUUCCAGGAGGUCUACAAGAAUCAUCUCAAUUCGUCCGAUUGGUUCCUGAAGGCCGACGACGAUACCUACGUUGUCCUGGAAAACCUAAGAUAUCUCCUGAAGGACAAGAGCCCAUCCGAUCCUGUGUACUACGGACGUCGCUUCAAGCCUUACGUGGAACAAGGCUACAUGAGUGGCGGUGCAGGCUACGUGCUCAGCAGAGAAGCCGUACGUCGUUUGGUCGAAGAUGGACUGAGUCAUCCGAACAAGUGUCGCUCCGAUGGGGGAGGUUCAGAGGACGUGGAGAUCGGGAAGUGUUUGGAGAAGGUCGGUGUCAAGGCGGGGGACUCGAGGGACCUUCAAGGUCGAGGACGCUUCUUUCCGCUCGCUCCCGACUUCCACUUGGUAUCCGGAAAGCGAAAGGACUUCUGGUACUGGAAGUACAUCUACUACCCGUCUAAAGAGGGUCUGGAGUGCUGCAGCGACACAGCCAUCUCAUUCCACUACAUCAGCCCCGGCAUGAUGUAUGUUAUGGAGUACUUAAUAUAUCAUCUGAGGCCAUAUGGAAUUGACCAUAUGGUCCACCAACAUCCGGGAAUGUUUCAUGAUCUGCGACCAGUGGUCAACAAUCCCAAGCUAAAUGAAGUGACCAGUGAACGAACUAAACUUUCGACGAGAACUAUAAAAUGAUAAUUCCCGCGUUACAAGCACCUCCCAGACAUUCAGUGUUUACCAGCGUUCAGUGCCGUGUUUUGGGCCAGUCAGCUUCAAGGCGUACCUCGGUAUGGUGAAUUCGCCUAAAUGCGACCCGGAGAAGCGCAAGGUAGCAACAAUAGAAACUUGUUACUUCAUUCCAUAUAAUCGACAAGAAAAUCAAGGUCAUCAUCAUGUACAAGAUUAUCAUCAGAUCCACU